CUCAUACCUUCCUCCCUUACUGUCACAGUCUCUUUCCAGAGCAGACUACUAACUCCUCAGAGGAUAUAAGAUACACUAAUGGAGGGCCUUGGAAGAAGGACCUUUAUCGCUCUGUGCCUCUACACUGCACUACUUACUCUCUCAGAAGUAAACUCAGAGAUCGUCCAUAUUCCGUCCGUGCUCUAUGGCGUCAAAGGGAAGUCCCUCCUCCUCUCCGUGGAGACUUACUUCCGAUUGGAGGACGUUGAGAUCCAGGGCAGCUGGUACCAGACCCGGCCGGGGGGCCCCAAAACCCUGCUGGUGACCUUCCACAACCACACCGCCAUCAUGCUGGCCUCGAUGAGACACAGGAAGCGCUACUUUUUCCAGCCCCCCAACGCCUCUCUCCUGAUCCCCAUUCUGGAUGAGGCGGCGGAGGGGGACUAUCAUCUGGACCUGGACAUUCACUUCCCCCAGAGACAGGAGCUCGUCAGGGCCGAGAGGACCGUCCACGUCACCGUCGAUGUACCCGUGUCCACUCCAGUUAUCCAGAAGACACCAUCUUCUACAGUUGUUGAGGACAAGGAGAACGUGACAUGGACCUGUAGGGUGGAGAACGGAACCAGGGUCCAGUACCAGUGGCUGAGGAACAACAUGCCCCUAGAUGUUAGUGAUCGCCAUCAGUUUUCCCAGGACAACUCUACUCUGGUGAUAAGCCCUGUGAGGAAGAAGGACAUUGGACAGUACCGCUGCCUGGCCAGGAACCACAUCAGCCAGAGACAGAGCCACACCCUGGACCUCAGUGUCUUCUAUGGCCCCUACAACCUGGCUGUGAAGUCUGACCAUGGUCUGCGAACUGGGGAGGUCUUCACAGUGAACCCUGGUGAGCUGGUGUUCUUCGACUGCCAGGCCGACUCCAACCCUCCCAACAGCUGUAUGUGGAUCUCUAAGACCAACAACGCCACUGAGGUCAUCACUGUGGGACUGCGCCUGGAGGUCACCUCCUACAAGCUGGCCCAGGCCGAGGAGUUCCUGUGCAGGGCGUUUAACAAUGUGACCCAGAAGCAGGACGAGACCCAGUUCACCCUGGUGGUGGCCAGCCUGGGGACAGGAAAGGAGAGAUAUGUCCAGGAGAGCAGAUCAUUCUCUCCUCUGGCUGCCAUCACUCUGUCCUGCCUGUUCAUUAGCUGUAUGUUACUGGUCUACUUCAGAAGGAGCUGUCAUCAUCCCAAGAGAGUUCUCAUGAACAUCUAUAACAGACCUUUGACAGAACAGAGACGCCCACACCGUUCGGGUCAUGAGGAUGCAACGGAAGACUUUGGCAUCUAUGAGUUUGUCUCUAUACCUGGGAAAAUGGAAUCUACACAGGCAUCCAGCAGAUCCCUGGCACACCUAGAGUCUGUCCAGGAUUUGCAUACCACCAUCUAUGAUGUCAUCAGGCACAUCCCUGAAACUCCCACGCUGGCUACCCAGAGUCUGCUGGGAAAGCAGUGUGAAGGUUAACCAGAGUAUCCCAAAUUGCAUCCCAAAUUUAACUCUAUUUACCUAUAUAAGAAUAUAUAUAUAUAUAUUCAGAGUUUCGCAGCGGUCUAAGGCACUGCAUCUCAGUGCUAGAGGCGACACUACAGACCCUGGUUCGAUCCCGGGCUGUAUCACAACCGGCUGUGAUCGGGAGUCCCGUAGGGGAGGGUUUGGCCGGGGUAGACCGUCAUUGUAAAAUAAGAUUUGUUCUUAUCCUACUUGCCUAGUUAAAUAAAGAUGAAAUAAAAAUACAAAAUGUAUGCACUACUAGGGGCGGCAAGUAGUACACUAUAUAGUGACGCCUGUUAAGAGCAUUGGGCCAAUAACUGAAAGGUUGCUGGGUUGAAUCUCCAAGCUAAAUAAUCUAAGCUGUAAGCCUCUGGCACAGUUUCAACAUCCUACUUAAAAUGUCCUAAUAAUUAUUUAAAUUUAAAGAACAAGAGCUCAACAAUAUUUUUGUUCUCUCUUCAAAUUGUAUAUUUAUUCAAUGUGCUCUUUCAAGCUGCCUCUGGAAGUGGGCAAGAAUAUUUGGAUGAAGGAAUUAUCACAUUGCAUGUGAGAUACCGUCUGAUGGAGGUGUUGUAUAACAUUAUUUUUCAGCAUGUAAAUACAACAUCUGCUCUACACUGUACUUACUUUAUUGUUUUUGUUUGGAAAGAAAUGACAUUUUAUUUGAGUGAAUAUCUUAUGAGUCCUAUCCUCCUGUCUUUUUCUAAACGUAGCUAUUUUGUUGAUCGUGACAUUGCCAUGUCCACUCCACCGGAGUGUUGGUGCCUGUCUGCAGAGUAUUGUACAGUUUCCACUUACAGAUAUGCACUUUUUGUAUUUGAAUAAAGAUUUAUAACA